AUGAGGAAUUCUCAAAACAGGAAGAAGAACAAGAUUAACAAAACUCCCAAUUGGUUAGAGCUUCCCAAUGAUGUUUGGUCCCUAAUAUUCUCGAAGUUAUACACAACUGACAUAAUCGAAAAUGUUCAAAAAGUUUGCAUGUUAUUCCGUAAACUCUGCAAACAACCUUGUUUGUAUAAGAUCAUCAACAUGACUCUUUCAUAUGCUAAUAUGCACUUGAUGUCUAAUGCCAAUGCCAUGACUCGUUUCGCUGUUGAUCGUAGUUCUGGGUGUUUAGUUGAUAUAUAUUUGGAAUAUGUCUGUGAUGAUAACACCUUGAUGUACAUCGUUGAAAGAUCAAAGAAUCUUAAACACCUACGACUUGGGCACAAUGUUAAUGUUUCUGAUAAGGGGCUUCUUGAAGCUAUAAAAAAGCUUCCAAUACUCGAGGAAAUGGAGAUAUGUACUUACUGUGAUGGUACCAUUGAAGCUAUUGGCCACACUUUCCCUUCAUUGAAAUCAUUCAGCUUAAAUGGUAUUGGGUGUAAUAGCUUUUUUAACAAUAUUUUUUAUGUUGGUAAUGAACAAGCUCUACCUAUAGCUAAAAACAUGCCUAAUCUGCGCAAACUUCAAGUGAUUGGAAACCUUAUGACAAAUACUGGCUUGGAAGCAAUUCUUGAUGGAUGUCCUCUUCUCGAAUAUCUUGAUCUACGUGCAUGUUUUUGUAUUGAUUUAUCGGGUGAAUUGGGUAAAAGAUGUGGAAAGAUUAAGAAGUUGCGAAAGCCGUAUGACUCCACUGAAGAUUGUAGUCAUCAUCAAGCGUUUGAUUUUGAUUUUACUGGCUUACUUGAUUCUAUUGAUGUUUCUGAUCUUCCUCUAGUCCAAUAG